AUGUCAAUUUAUCAUGGUAUUAUAGGAUCAUCAGAUCACAUUCAAAAUAUUUUCCCACCACCAUCACCUAGAAAAAAUAUUUCAUUAUCAACAAAUAAUAUAUCAAGUUUAACAACACCUAAAAAUUUUACAGCUAUAGUAGUGACAAAACCAUUGUCUCAAUCAACAACAUCAACUCAGGAAAUGAUGAAUACAUCAGAUAUUUUAUUUGACAUUCAACAACCAUUAUCACCACAACAUCAUUCAAGACAAAUACAACAACAACAACAUGAAAAAAUUACACCAGAAGAAGAAGAAAGAAGAUCAGAUGAAUUACAAAAGAUAUUAUUAGAUACUAUACCAAUAUUAAUUAAAGGUGUUGAAACAUUAGGAAUUGAAGUUGAACAAAUUUGUAAUGGUGAUAGUGCAAAUGAAAAGAGAUCAAAUUGUCAAGUAUUGGUUGAUAUUCAAAAAACAUUGAGAGAGUAUCCACGUGGUAUGGGAUAUCGUUCAAAGACCAUUCCAUCCAAUAUAGUGGGUAAACCAAAACUGAUUGCAUUUCGUCAUAGUAUGGACCAAUUAGUUUGGGAGAACAUUUCAAAAUUAUCAAUUCUAAAGGAUUUCGUAGAGUUUACAUUAGACUUUCAAAAACUUUGUGUCAUUGGUAUUAGUAUUCGUGAUGCUAUCAAUUCAUUUGUAAAUAAUAAAUGUGAAUACUUGAUUAAAGGUUUUGAAUUUAACAAUACAAAUUCAAUUUUAUCUGGUAUAAAUAUUCAUCAUCAUCUUAAUCACCAACCUGGUGCAUCAACACCAAGACCAUCGCAUUCAUCCUCAUCAUCGUUAUCACAUUCAUUAUCAUCAUCACCAAUGUCACAAUCAUUACCAUCAUCAUUAACAUCUGGUGGUGUAUCAUUAUUAAAUACAAGUGAUGAUGCUAUCGUACCAUCACUAUCAUCAGGUAAUGAUGAUAGUAGUGGUAGUAGUUUGUCAUCAUCAGAUGCAAAUGUAAUUUCAAUUAAUAUUAGUACAGUAAUUCAAAAUGGUGUUAGAGAUGAAAUUAAUAAUACAUCAAUCUCUGCUUUAAAGAAAUCACAAAAACAACAACCUGUAGUAUUAUCUCGUGCUCCAAAACAAGUUAUGGAAAGUACUAGAAUAUUGGUUGAUACCGUUGUCAAUAGAAAAUGUAUGUAUAGAGAAGAGAAAGCAUCAAUCUAUAGAGAGAUGAUGAAUGAUCGUUUAACACUUUUAAAAGAAGAUCCAAAGAAAUUUAAACAACAACUUUUACAACAACGUCGUCAAAAAUUAACAAAUUCUGAUCAACCUCAUGAAACUGAUUAUAAUGAGGAUUUUAAUUUAAACAAUAAUAGUACUAAUAAUAAUAAUAAUAUAAAAAAAGAAUCAAAUGGUUCAUCUGUAAAUAGUCAAACAACAACAACCACAACUACAACAAAUAAUAAUAAUAAUAAUAUUUCACCACAACAUUCUGGAACAAGUGGUUCACCAAGCGAUAAAGAAAAUUCACCAAUAUUUAGUCCAGGAUAUUUAUCAACAUCACCACCAAAAUCACCACCAAAAUCACCAGAAUUUCUUGGUGUACCAAUUGGUAAGAAAGCUCAUUUAUUAGGUCAUGCACGUUCAUUUAGUGCAGAUACUCAUGCAACUAAGGAGGCAGCAGCUAAUCAACAUCAUCAUUCUCAUAAUAAUAUUGGUUCAGUUUUAUCACCUCCAUUAUCUUCUCAAAAUGAAAGAAUCUUAAGAAAUUAUAAACUUUUAUCAUCAUCACCAUCAUCAUCUAGCUCAGCAGUAGUUACCAAUCCUGUAUCAUUAACAACCCAAUUACAACAACAACAACAACAACAACAACAACAACAAACGACAUCACAACCAACUCAACCACCACCAUCAGAAUAUCAAUUAUUAGAUUUAGAAUGGGAGGAACCAAUCGAUAGUGAUUUUAUAUUACCAUGUAAAGGUUAUAAAAUCGAUAGUGGUAAUAGUAAAUGUCAACAAGUUAAUUAUGAUGAGUUAAUAGUGUUAUAUACGGAUGAGGAUGAGUAUCAUUAUUGUGAUGAUUUUUGUAGUUUAGAACAUUUCAAUUUCCUUGGAGUUAAUAAAAAUCAACCAGAUAAUCCAAUGUGUAUAUCGGUUGUAGUUCAACAUGAUACCAAUGAACUAUUGUAUAUCAUUAGAACCGGUGAAAAGGAUGAAAAGUAUAGAUUAUCAUUACCCUAUGGUAAGAAGGAAAUCUCCUCAAAGGAUAUGUUAAAGAUGAUCAAGAAAUCACGUUUCAAUCAAAUGUCAAACUUUAAAUUAAAAGAGGUAAAGUCUGAUCAAAAUCAACAAUUCAUCAAACAAUUGAUUCAAUUUGAAGCUAAAAAUAUUCAUAAAACCUUUAAAUUUGGUGUUUUAUAUUGUUCAGAGAAUCAAGGUACCGAUGAAAAUGAACUCUAUAGCAAUAGUAGCACCAGUGAUGAGUUUCAAGAGUUUUUAAGGAUUUUGGGUGAUCGUGUACAAUUACAAGGUUGGACAAAGUAUAGAGGUGGCUUAGAUAUUAAAGAUAAUACAACUGGAACUCAUAGUAUCUAUAAGAAAUGGAGAGAUUUCGAAAUUAUGUAUCAUGUUGCCCCUAUGAUUCCUUGUCGUGCCGCAGAUGAACAAUCGGUUGAAAGAAAAAGACAUUUAGGUAAUGAUAUCGUUUUAAUCAUCUAUAAAGAAGGUAAUACAAAAUUAUUCGAUCCUUCAAUCAUUAAAUCAAACUUUAAUCAUAUCUUUGCUGUCGUUCAAAAAGUUGAUCCAAUUCCAAAUGUUGAUGGAGCUGCUGUUAUAAAUUUAGGAAAUAGUUUCAAUAAUAAUAAUAGCAGCAAUAAUAAUAAUAAUAAUAAUAAUAAUAAUAAUAAUAAUAAUAACUCUGAUUCAAACCUUCCAACUACAAAUAAUCUUCCAAUAAUUACAAAUGUAAAUUAUAAAAUUUCAAUCGGUUGUAAAGAAGAAGUUCAAAAUUUUGGUCCUGCUUUCCCAAAGAAUCAUAUUUUCUCAACUUCAACUGGUGAAAAUCUCACUGAUUUCCUUUUAACUAGAUUGAUCAAUGGUGAAAGAGCAACUCUAAAAUCACCUGUAUUUGCUCAAAAAUUAAAAAGAACAAGAAAAGAAUUUUUACAUUCAUUCAUUACUGAUUUUGGUAGUGAAUAA